CCCCCCCCCCCCCCCGCCUCUCACCAUGCCUUUGAUCCGUACCACCGAAGUCAAUGAGGACACGCGUGUCCUGGGAUACGACGCCCUGCUCUCUCCCCAGUUCCUGCAGACGGAGAUCCCCGGUGUGAGUCACACUAGCCCCCACCCCAGCUAGAUUGUCUUCCCAGCCAGAAAUCCAUGCCCCGCGCACGGCAACAUGCAUGGGGCUCCCCAAUGCUGCCCUACCAUCAACAGGAGACAGACCCCAUGAGACAAGUGUGUGAGUCUAUAUGCUAACGUCCAUCAUCUAGCAAAAACAUGCCAUUGAGACUGUCCGUUCUGGACGCAACCAGGCCAUUGAAAUCAUUGAGCAGCGCGAUGACCGUCUGCUGGUCAUGGUCGGCCCCUGCUCGAUCCAUGACCCUGCCACGGCUCUCGAGUAUGCCGGGCGUCUCAAGGAGCUCUCUGAGAAGCUUUCCACCGACCUCUGCGUCAUCAUGCGUGCCUACCUUGAGAAGCCCCGCACCACCGUGGGAUGGAAGGGCCUGAUCAACGACCCCGACAUCGACGAGUCCUACAACAUCAACAAGGGUCUCCGGGUCUCCCGUCAGCUCUACGCCGACCUGACCGGCAUGGGCAUCCCCAUCGCCAGUGAAAUGCUGGAUACCAUCUCCCCCCAGUACCUGGCCGAUCUGAUCUCGCUGGGUGCCAUCGGUGCUCGCACUACCGAGUCUCAGCUGCACCGCGAGCUCGCCUCCGGUCUCAGUUUCCCCAUCGGCUACAAGAACGGCACUGACGGCAACCUCACUGUUGCCAUUGACGCCAUUGGUGCUGCCGCUCACCCCCACCGUUUCCUGGGUGUGACCAAGCAGGGUCUCGCCGCCAUCACCAAGACCUCCGGCAACGAGCACGGCUUCGUCAUCCUCCGCGGCGGUGCCAAGGGCACCAACUACGACCGUGACAACAUCAAGGCCGCUCGCGAAGCCCUGCGCGCCAAGAAGCAGCGCGAGGUCGUCAUGGUCGACUGCUCGCACGGUAACUCCAACAAGAACCACCGCAACCAGCCCCUGGUGGCCAAGGAGGUCGCCGACCAGCUCCGUGAGGGCCAGGAUGCCAUCGUCGGUGUCAUGAUCGAGUCCAACAUCCACGAGGGCAACCAGAAGGUUCCUCCCGAGGGCCCCUCCGGUCUGCGCAAGGGUGUCAGCAUCACCGACGCCUGCAUCGACUGGGAAACCACCGUCACCACCCUCGAGGACCUCGCCGACGCCGUUCGUGCCCGUCGCGCCGCCAAGAUCGCCCAGGCCAAGGCCUCCUCCAAUGGAGCCUCGCAGUGAGCCAUCCAUCCAUCUUGGACUGCCUGCCUCUACGAAUUAAAUCCCAAGCGAGUCUGUUCUGAAUUGAUUUAGAUACCAUAGCCAGGGGGUGAAUCCUCUAUUCCACCUCAUUUUGGUUCUCUUCAUUUGACUUUUAAUUUUUUUCGGCGACUAUUUCCUGGCUUUCUGUUCCCCGCUGGAAUUGGGCAGUUGUUCUGUUCCCUUGCUUCCUUUACUUUCCAUAAAAGCUUUCAUUUGAUCUCUUCUUCUUCUUUCUUCUUCUUUCUUCUCUUUUCUGUGUAUUUCUUUCCUCUAUUUUCUGUCUACAGAAGACAGACAGUGCGUAAUGAUAGUUUGGUAAUAGAAACAUUAUUGUGGACA